CUGAACGUCACUCAAAAAAAAAGAGCCCGUAGACUUCCUCAGGAAGUAAAUCGACUGCGUCAAAUAAACACGCAACUUAGGUGGUGGAUCGUUAACCUUAGCUACGCGACAACCGCAACGACGAAAGAGGAGGUCCUUCACGCCAAUGAACAAAUGGAGCAGAAGUUUCUUUGCACCAUAAAAGAGAAGGAAGAGCCAAAGCGGCCUUGUAAUGAAAAGGAGGGAGAGGACUCUUGCGAAAUUAAAGAGGAGGAGGAGGAGCCAGAGCGCACUCGCAAUAAAGAGGAAGAUGUGGGUAAAGAGGUCCACCACUUCAAUGAACAAAUGGAGCAGAGGUUUCUUUGCUCUAUAAAAGAGGAGGAAGAGCCGGAGCGGCCUUGUACUAAAGAGGAGGGAGAGGACUCCUACGACAUUAAAAAGGAGGAGGAGGAGGAAGAUACCUGCAAGAUCCCAUUGACUGGUGUUCCUGUGAAGCGUUUAGAGGAGGGUCAACAUGAGGUGAGCAAAGGGGCGGAGCUUCCAAGCUGCAGCUCUAGUCAACAAAUGACCAGAGACGGGGAUGGAAACCACUGUGGGGGAUCACACGCAGCUCCACCACCAUCAGAUAGUGAUGACGUGUCGUCACAUGUUCCUGAUGCUGCUGCUACUGAGGAGUCUCAAAACAAACACAGGCAAUGUUCUCACUGUGGAUUUUUUUUUGCUAAUAGUAGUAAUUUGAAACAACACUUGAGAAUCCACACUGGAGAGAAACCAUUUUCAUGCUCAGUUUGUGGCCAAAAAUUCUCUCAUAGGGGAAAUCUAAAUAAGCACACAAGAAUCCACACUGGCGAGAAACCUUUUUCAUGCUCUGUUUGUGGCCGAAAAUUCUCUCAGAGGGAAAAUCUAAAAAGUCAUACAAGAAUCCACACCGGUGAGAAACCUUUUUCGUGCUCAGUUUGUGGCCAAAAAUUCUCUGAAAAGGGAGCCUUAAAAAGUCAUACAAGAAUCCACACCAGUGAGAAUUUUUUUCCAUGCUCAGUUUGUGGCCAAACAUUCUCUCAUAGGGGAGCUUUAAAAAGUCAUACAAGAAUCCACACUGGCGAGAAACCUUUUUCGUGCUCAGUUUGUGGCCAAACAUUUGCUUACCAGCAAAACUUAAAAAAGCACACAAUACUCCACACCGGUGAGAAAUCUUUUUCAUGCUCAGUUUGUGGCCAAUUAUUCUCUGACAAGGGAAUCUUAAAAAGUCAUACAAGAAUCCACACUGGUGAGAAACCUUUUUCAUGCGCUGUCUGUGGCCAGAAAUACUCCGAGAAGGGAAACUUAAUAAGUCAUACAAGAACCCACACUGGUGAGAAACCUUUUUCAUGCUCAGUUUGUGGCCAAUUAUUCUCUGACAAGGGAAUCUUAAAAAGGCAUACAAGAAUCCACACUGGUGAGAAACCUUUUUCAUGCGCUGUCUGUGGCCAGAAAUACUCCGAGAAGGGAAACUUAAUAAGUCAUACAAGAACCCACACUGGUGAGAAACCUUUUUCAUGCUCAGUUUGUGGCCAAACAUUCUCUCAGAGGGGAUCCUUAAAUAAGCACACAAGAAUCCACACUGGCGAGAAACCUUUUUCAUGCUCAGUUUGUGGCAAAAAAUUCUCUCAGAAGCAACAUUUAAAUACGCACAGAAUAAUCCACACUGGUAAGAAACCUUUUUCAUGCUCAGUUUGUGGCCAAAAAUUCUCUCAGAGGGGACAUCUAAAAAAUCAUACAAGAAUCCACACCGGUGAGAAACCAUUUCCAUGCUCAGUUUGUGGCCAAACAUUCUCUCAGAGGGGAUCCUUAAUUAAGCACACAAGAAUCCACACUGGUGAGAAACCUUUUUCAUGCUCUGUUUGUGGCCAGAAAUUCUCUGAGAAGGGAAGCUUAAAAAGUCAUACAAGAAUCCACACUGGUGAGAAACCUUUUUCAUGCUCAGUUUGUGGCCAAAACUUCUCUGAGAAGUCAUAUCUAAGACGUCAUACAAGAAUCCACACUGGUGAGAAACCUUUUUCAUGCUCAGUUUGUGGCCAAAGAUUUUCAUUGAAGUCACACUUAAAACGUCAUACAAGAAUCCACACUGGCGAGAAACCUUUUUCAUGCUCAGUUUGUGGCCAAAAAUUCUCUGCCAAGGAAACCUUAAAAAGUCAUACAAGAAGAAUCCACCCUGGCGAGAACCCUGUUGCCUGCUCAGUCAGUUGCCAAAGAGUCUCUGUUGAGAUUUCGGAGUGUAUUGGGGAGAUGAGCCGUGAUCCGUGAAGUUCUCACCUUCUAUUUGAGUAGACUUUAUGAGUUUAUGCAUCAAUGAUAAUUCCAUUCUAGUAUGUACCUUUUAAUUGGGAUGCUGAACUCCUUUCCUUUAUUACAGUGAGAAGUUCAUAUUUUAGCUUUAAUCAUGAAUUUUAAAAUAGUUAGGUAACCGGCCUCGGGACGAUAAUAGUUUUGUAUUUUCUGUUAUAUUUUAUGUUUAUUUCUGUUUUAGGUGUGUGUGUUGUUUAACUGCAAUUAGUUUUAAUUCCUAUUCCGGGCAAGUUGUUUAGUUUUUAUUAAUGUCGUUUAGGAUUUUGUUUUGUUCAGCUUUUCAUGUUCAUGUGGAUCAAUCAAAUGAAUAAAAAAAUAGUGUUGGAUAUCCCCCAUUUUUCUUUUUUGUUACUUUUCCUUGCUACUAACACUUUAAAAUGUACUUGAGCUGCAUAUUAAGACAUUUCAUUAAAGCGUUGUUUACUUCACAGUA